CGGUACUCUCUCUGUCUCUCUGCAACUUCCUGCGUUCCGUUGGAACUGGGUUGUAAUUUUUGCCUAACUUCAUCUCAUUUUCAUCAGGUGGUUGGAAAUCUCCAAUUUGGUGAUCGGAAAUCUCCAAUUUGAGUUUAUAGAAUAAGGAAGUGUUAUGGCCUAUUCCAGAUAGUUUUCAGUUCUUCAUUUUAGCACAGUUGACUGAUCCAAUGCUAGCAGCUAAGGCUUCGUAUCAAAUUUCAUGGUGGAGGUCUUGCUUGCCCCUUACAUUUGUUCCAAUAUUGUCAAUUUUGGAGGAGCCUAUUGUUUCUGAUAAGUUGUUGAGUGUUGGGGUCAACACACUUCAGAGAUUCUGCUUGCAUGCUUUUACGGGCAGUGUGAAUGAAAUGGCACUUGAAGGGAGGAGGCGUUGCUUAUAUAAAAGUAGGAAUGAUGAGUAUACAAGAGAGGCAUCUCUAUGGAGAAGACAGAGACAGAGUGUGUCCCAGGGACAUUUCUUAUACCGAGCACUUGGUGUGGUUGGAACGCUCCCUGAUGCAUCCUUACACAUUCCAUAUCGUCAUUAUAGUUCUUGGUGCAAUGAUAAUUUCACAAGGGAUAAGUUCAUGAGAACUAUACCAGAAUUUGUGAAAAUUGUGGAAGUUGGUCCAAGGGAUGGACUGCAAAAUGAGAAGGAAAUUGUACCUACUGCUGUGAAGGUUGAGUUGAUAAAGAUGCUAGUUUCUUCAGGGUUGCCUGUUGUCGAGGCUACUAGUUUCGUCUCACCAAAAUGGGUACCACAGCUAUCAGAUGGAAAGGAUGUCAUCAAAGCAGUUCAGAGUGUUGAAGGCUCUAGGUUUCCUGUUUUAACACCUAAUGUCAAGGGUUUUGAGGCGGCUGUUGCAGCUGGAGCUAAGGAAGUGGCCAUCUUUGCUGCAGCUUCUGAGUCAUUUUCAAGGUCAAACAUAAAUUGUAGUAUUGAAGAUAGUCUUGCUCGCUAUCGUGAUGUUGCUCUUGCUGCUAGAAAUCUCUCAAUUCCUGUACGUGGAUACAUAUCAUGUGUUGUGGGGUGUCCAGUGGAAGGAGCAGUAUCUCCAUCAAAAGUAGCGAAUGUGGCUAAAGAACUUUAUGAUAUGGGUUGCUAUGAAAUUUCCCUAGGUGAUACCAUCGGGGUUGGCACUCCUGGUACCAUAAUUCCAAUGCUUGAAGCUGUUAUGGGUGUCGUCCCUGUGGAGAAGCUUGCUGUUCAUUUUCAUGAUACUUAUGGGCAAGCUCUUUCCAAUAUUCUUGCAUCACUUCAAAUGGGUAUCGGCACGGUAGAUUCAUCUGUAUCGGGACUUGGAGGUUGCCCAUAUGCUAAAGGUGCUUCUGGGAAUGUUGCUACAGAGGAUGUUGUUUAUAUGCUUAAUGGACUCGGAGUUCGAACUAAUGUGGACCUCAGAAAGCUCAUGUUGGCUGGGGAUUUCAUCUGCAAACAUUUGGGUAGGUCGUCUGGUUCAAAGACAGCAAUUGCCUUGAGCAGAAUCACAGAACAUGCGUCCAAGCUAUAAGUUUUUCACAUCAAUACACAUCUGACCGUGAACAUGGGCAGACUCUCAUACCACAUACAAGCUUAUAACGUGUAACAAAGGUCAGGAGUACUAAGUCCUUAUCUGCAUUAGGCAAGGUUUCUUAUUCCCACCUAAAUGUUCUCCAUUUUUCUUUUUUUGUUUUUUCUUUCCGAAAGAUAAAUGUUGUCCUUUCUUUUGCCUAAUAGACGAAGGAUGUCUUUUUAUUUAUUUAUUAUUAUUAUUUAUGGGAAGGGAUAAACUCAACGACACUCAAUUGUUGUCCAUAUGGGGAUGUAAAUCUUAGACCCUCUCUCGGGUAAGAAGAAGAGUAGGAAAUACCACUUGAGGCUACAGGCUUGUGGUGGUGACAAAUGAUGUCUCUCUGCAACACUGACAGGAACUAAAUGAGUAAAGUCCAAACUUUUUAUGAGUC